AUGCCAGGCCGCUCCGUCGCUCCUGCUGCAGAGAAGGCUGUGCCCUCAGCCAGCAAGGCGAGCAAUGUGCGACCUGCCCCACCCUCGCGGACCGCGAGCACCGCCUCCGUAAGGAGUGUCCAUAGGGUGCCGAGUCAGCCAGUGCCUGUGGCAGGCCCUGUCGACCUCGAAGUAUUCCAGCAAGUCCUUGAACUGGACGAUGAGGAUGAUCAUGAGUUUUCCAAAGGGAUGGUCUCGGCGUUCUUCACCCAGGCCGCCCUGACAUUCGGCGAUAUGGACCAAGCUUUCGCGAAGAAAGACCUAAAGCGGCUGUCGUCGCUGGGACACUUCCUGAAAGGAUCUUCCGCAGCGCUUGGGGUAGCGCGUGUCAGUGCGACAUGUGCAAAGAUACAGCACUAUGGGCAGUUGAGGGAUGAUGAGACUCAGGCGGUUAUCUCUCCCGAAACAGCGCUGAAGUUCAUCCAGCCUCUAUUAGUGAGGGUUCGGGAGGAGUAUGCAACUGCAGAGCAAUGGCUACGGAAAUGGUACAAAGACAGCGGAGCUGGGAGCAUUUCGUGA